AGAUAUAAAAAGGGCAGGCAGACCGUUGGCAACAAACUCAUCACAACGGUCCAGAAAUGGCGGAAUCGACGAUGUCCAUUUCUGACGGCACAUACACGGAUCUCACCUCUCCAGACCAUAACGUGUACGAAUCAUUGGGGGCGAGACCGAGCAAAACAGGACAAAGCUCUCCUCUCUACAGACAGGCUGCAGUGGCUCUGGGGCUGCUGUGUGUCAUCUUACUGACUGCCACCAUCACCCUGUGUGUCCUCUAUACAAGAGGUCUGGAGGAGCCCAAUGGCCACAAUAGCACUGUCUGUGUUGACAAAUACCAGCCAUGGAAAGACUACAACAACCUAUCUACUGCGAAAGACCAACUACAGACAGACUACAAUAGCCUAGUUACUGCGAAAGAGAAACUACAGACAGACUACAAUAGCCUAGUUACUGCGAAAGAGAAACUACAGACAGACUACAAUAGCCUAGUUACUGCGAAAGAGAAACUACAGACAGACUACAAUAGCCUAGUUACUGCGAAAGAGAAACUACAGACAGACUACAAUAGCCUAGUUACUGCGAAAGAGAAACUACACACAGACUACAAUAGCCUAGUUACUGCGAAAGAGAAACUACAGACAGACUACAAUAGCCUAGUUACUGCGAAAGAGAAACUACAGACAGACUACAAUAGCCUAGUUACUGCGAAAGAGCAGCUACAGAAAGAAUACAACCGCACCGUGCCUGCUGCUUAAAUGGCCAUGGGGCACAACGCUGUCCACACUGGAGGGCGGCCUGUAGUGUAGUGGUUAAGGUAAAGGACUGGGACACGCAAGGUUGGUGGUUCUAAUCCUGGAGUAGCCACAACAUGAUCCGCACAGCCGUUGGGCCCUUGAGCAAGGCCCUUAACCCUGCAUUGCUCCAGGGGAGGAUUGUCUCCUGCUUAGUCUAAUCAACUGAACGUCGCUCUGGAUAAGAGCGUCUGCCAAAUGCCAAUAAUGUAAUGUAAUGUUAUGAAAUGCACAGGAACUGAACUGCACAGGUUCCACCGGUCUGUUUCCUGCCUCACCAUUGCAUCAUCACACAGAGCCUGAGUGAAAAUAAACUGAACAAUAAGCAGUUAUCUUGGUUCCACACACACACGAAGGACAGGGCCAUUGGUUGAUAAAGUGUUCCCUUUACCAAUGUCCAGAGAUGAUCUCAGGUAUAACUUUGUGCCUUGGAAAUCGCUAAAUAUAAUGUAUCUAAUGUGUGCAUAAUUUACAUGUGGCGUGCUUCCUCACAAAGUCAUGAAUUAAAAUCACCAUCCUUUGUUUUCAA